AUGGCUCGUUGGCCACAAUGGCAUGGCUGUUCCGUCAGGCAGGGCCACGAUGUUGAGCAGCACCCAGAAAGUGGCAAAGAAGUGGAUAGGCCAGUUAAACCAGGUCUUCUUGACGAUAGCCCAGUCGUACUGUCUGGAUCCAUCGAUACCGGAUCUGAUCUGGCGAUCAACAGCAAGCUCGUAAUCGUCCUGGUUCAUCCACCAAAUUGGCUUGGUUUUCUUCUGCGACUUGGCCUGCAGCGGACCUGGGAAAAAUGCGAAUCCGAAAAAGGCCACAGGCACAGUGACAAUUCCGUCAAUGAUGAAUCCCCACUUCCAUCCACUGAGACCUCCCUUACCGCUCAAGUUGUUGUAGGCCGCGGUUUGCAGAUAUCCAGAAAACAUACCACCCAAACUCGAUGA